ACAGUAGCUUCUCGAGAUUCUGUGGUCAAUUUGGCUCUCGCGCUGAAAGCUACACAAUUUGGUGAACGAUAUGCACGUUAUGCCCGGGACUAAGGUGUUUAACAUCAUCUAAGUGAGGUAUAUAAUGGUAUAAAUAGAAAUGAUUGUUUAACAACACGCACAAUUGGACACGUAGCUAGUUAUUGUUAGCUAACGAUACCAAAGACGAUACUGAGGAUACAAAAUGAAUCUGGACAUUCAGGCGUUGGUUACAGCAACAAAAAGUAAACCAGAGGUUGGAGUAGAGGAUGUUUUGGCGAAGUUAUCGGAAUGUUUAGGAAAGCAAUCAUUGCAAGCUGAAGAGGAACUGGAGAUGUUCAAGCAAGACCUGUUUAACCAUGGCAUAUUGGAUUAUUGUGCAAGGGCUCUGACGCUCAAUUUCACCAAUUCAUAUGGAGGAUACAAAACUGCUGUACAGAUUGCUGAUAUUCUAAGUGCAUGCUGUGUCGGUAUCGGCAGAGUCAAGAAAUCUAAAGCAUUCCACAAGUUUCUGCCAGUGGUGGUGAAGAACCUUUUCUCGCUCGCGGACUCACUUAUGAUGAAAGCUCUGCGGGAUAAGAGUGAAAUCGAGAGGGCUCGUAUGUUCCGGAAGAUCAUGGGCUCCAUAAGCUGGCUCCUGAGAGCUCACCAUCAUCUUCUUACACAUGUUCUUAAUUCCAAACACUAUGAGAACAUCCAGUUGUCUGAGGAUGAGGAUGUGGCUGUGGCCUUGCUGUCUCUGUGGUUGGACCUGCUCGGUAUGAAAAGCUCCAAAGUCUUUGAGGACAUUGGGGUCCCGGCUUUGCUUGCCAUUAUGGAUGACACCGUGUACAAGAUGUCCUGCUUCCAGAAUCCAGUUAUUGGCCGCAGUUCAGUGAAGAUUCUGAUGCACAUCAUGAAUCACGAUAGCAAAAUGAUUCAAGUUGCUGUCAAACGUUAUCAUGGUCUGGCUGCAUUGGCAGUGAAAGACUGGAGAGGCAAAGGCUUCGACCCCGUGCUGGAUCGAUUUGUCAGCCUGCUGAAGUCCCCUCCCUUCCGACGCACCUCUACCAAGGGUAAGGAUGCAGCAGCAGAGCAGGAGAGGGCAGCGUGUGUGAUCCAGGCUGCCUGGAGGGCCCACCAGACACGAAAGAGACUGAAGAAACUCCCACGAGCCGUCACCAGACUGCAGAGGAGCUUCAGGGAGAGGAAACGUAAGGAGGAGGAGCAGCAGGAGAGGAAGCGUGCGGAGGAGGAGCUGCGCAUGCACAUGCAGCUGCGCAGACAGAGAGCCAAUCGGCUGUUCCGCCAGAGGCAGCUGCAGCUCAUGGAGAUCCUCCCUGCAGCCCAGGUGGAGCGCUACCUGGGGGAGGUGGAGCGGCAGGCGGCCCUGCUGAUCCAGCGUGUGUGGAGGGGCCACCGGGAGAGACGGCUCCUGCAGCAGCGCAGAUACCAGCUCAGGCGCCACAGGGCUGCAGUGGCCAUCCAGAGAGCCGUGCUGCGCUUCUUGGAGCGGCGGCGUGCCCACAGGGCUCAUGCCACCCCCUGGAUGGGGCUCAGAAAGCCCUCGGACACCAGGAGGGCCCAACUGCAGCAGGAGGUGGACGACCACCUCGCCCUGUACUGUUCCCGUGGCGUGUCGGAGGAGCACUGUCGGGAGCUCCACACCAGCACCCAGAGGCAGCUGCGCCAGUGGCUGAGCAGCAGGGAGGCGGCGCAGGGAGAGGAGCAGCACACACAGGCCCUGCUGGCCCAGAUCAACACCCACAUGGAGCUGCUACUCAAUGCCCCCUCCUUGAAGGAGUCCACGCCGCAGGACUGUGAGCGCUUCCGCAGUCGCUCGGGGCCAGUGUCCCUGCGUGCCAAGCAGUGCCACGGUGCCAUGGUCCAGUCGGCCAGCCUGCCCUGGUGGAGGAAGCUCACGGAGGAGUCCACCCACGCCGACCUGUUCUGUAUCCACGGCGACGACGAUGACUUUGGCCAGGUGGACUUGGAGGUCGCGAGACUGUACCUGGGCGGGACACGCGAGGAUGCAGCAGCACUGAAGUGAUGCGGUCCAGCUGGUCUUAUCUUGCGGAGAAGAGGUGGAGGCUCAGGGGAACAGCAGCCAACCAGGAGGGACUGCAGGACUCAUACAACCACAAGACUGUACUCUUGGAGUGACAUUGUACACUUCACUCUCUCUCUGUGUGUGUGUGUGUGUGUGUGUGUGUGUGUGUGUGUGUGUGUGUGUGUGGUAUGAAUGGGUACAUCUCCUCCGCCCUGGCAGUUUACAUGUGUGUUUGUGUGUGUUCACUCAGGUCAUUUGAAUUCCAGCACAGUGGACUCACUCCAUUUUUAGGUCAUUAUAAUGCUGGAAGAGAACUCGGUGGGCACAGGAAUGGGAAAAGCACUGACAAAAUGAAUGGAAUAUCACAUUUGUGCUUGUUUGUGUUUAUCUUAACGAUUGUAGUGGACUGUUGUGGCAUCUCACGGGAAGGGUGUGAAAGUCUCAUUCUCGGUUUGAUGUGAAGAGUGAAACUGAAGAUGCAAAGACCUCUCUGACAGUUAAACAACUCUCUCUGUCAAAGAGUGUUGGUCUGCGUGUGUGUGUGUGUGUGUGUGUGUGUGUGUGUGUGUGUGUGAGUGAGUGACUGGGGCACUGCGGACCCGUGCCAAGGUCCCUAUUCACAGGAUGCCAGUCAUUAUUUCAUUACGCACAUGUGAAAACAACAGAGUGGUCCCACUCAGCGCGCAUGAUUAAAAAUAACAUUUUCAAGAGGGGGAAAAUAUGAUGGAGGUAUAAUGACUCUCUUUAUGGACGGCUUUGCAGGGGGAGCAUAAAUAAGGCCCCAUUUGAGCAGCGCAGGAGGGGGGAGAUGGCAUAGGCAGGGUGGAGGAGAGCGAGAGAGCCGAGGCCGUGCCAGGGAUCUGGCGUGUGGGAGACUGGCGGAGUGGCAUUUAAUUGGGUAACUGCAAUAGCCAAUUAUUGGCGAGCUAAUGGCGGUCUAAGUUUUACUUAAAUUUCCAAAUAAACAGGUCUCCUCAUUUGCAAUGGGUUUGUUAUUGUGGGUGUUUAAUUUCUGCGACUUUUCAAAACUAGGUGGCUUUUAUGUAAA